CGUUGCCAUGGAGGAGCCGCGGGCGGCGGCCCUGAGCGGCGCCGACAGGGAGAAGCUGCGGGAGAAGCUGGCGCUGCUGAGGCGGGAGUACAGCGAGACCGUCAUCCGGCUGCGGCGGGCGCGGCGAGCCGAGCGAGCCAGGAGCCACGGCCGGCGGGAGCGGAGCCCCCCAGGUCUCCAGUGCUCUGAUCCCGACUGUUCUAAAGAUAAUGCAUCUCCUAGUGCUGACAGAGGUGGACUCCCUCAGUUACAGACUAAAACCUGCUCUGAUGUUGACACGGAGGAGGCAACAUCUGUCGCAUUUAAACACAUUGCAGAAUUCUCCAGUGAUGAUGUUAGCCUGCAGGACAGUUCACGGGCAGAAAGUGUUCAGGCAAACCAGGAAAACCUGUGCUAUGGGAUCAUUAGGCCUGUCCUUGAGGAGAAAACAUCCCAAACCUCCAGAGGCAUGAUGAAGCUGAGGAGACGGACAAAGGCUCUGGAAUCAAAGGAAAGGAAAUCAGUGGGUGAUGGGCAUGUAAUCAGCACUGAUGAAACAGUGAAAAAUCAAACUGCCAGUGCAGAGGAGCUUCAGUCACCAGUGUUCAGGCACAGCACCCUCUCUCACACUGAGGAACAUCCUGAAAGGGCAUCUAGGCCAGCUCUUGCGAAGGGAGAAGGAAACAGUUUCGCUCCUUGUGAAUUUGAAGCCACAUCCAGAGUUGUACAGGAGGUGUUUGAGGACAGUGUCACUGCAGGAGAGCCUGAGCUGUCCCCACAUGAGGUCAGGGACAGCAGUGCCAUCGAGCAGCUCAAGUGCCCGCAGGCUGUGACCAUACCUGGCAGCCGUGAGCCAUGUUCACAGGACAGAGACUCUGUUUUACUCAACACCAGAGGUGAUGGAGGAGAAGAAUCCCCCAGUGUAAUAAAACAACUGGAUGGUAAGGUUUUGCAUGAAGAUCAGGGAGAAUUAUGUGGGCUCCUGGAUUUAAUGUCAGAAAAUGAAGUAUUGCCUGAGGACGGAAAUAACACUGUAACCAAGGAAAGCAAAAGCCAUGAAGGAAACGAAAGUGGCGCUGAUACCUUAAAUCCCUGUCCUGCAGAUCGUGCUCUGGGCAGUGCUCAAGAACUGUCGGAGAAUCGACAGCUUGGAAUCCAGUCAAGACUUUUUCCUCCCAAAGAGGCGAUGGCUCCCGAGGGCGCGCUGAGCUCUUGCACAGUGGUGGAGGGGCUGCUCUUCCCUGUCGAGUACUACGUCAGGACAACUCGCCGCAUGUCCAGCUGCCAGAGGAAGGUGGACCUGGAUGCUGUAAUCCUCAGCCAGCUGGGCAGGAGCAAGAAAGGUCAGCGGAGUAAGUGCAUGCAGAAAGAUGCAAACUCAGAUCAGCCCUCCCAAGAGAGAGCUGAGGGGGAUUUAGAGUCAGGGCUCGUGCCGUUCCCUUUUCUUGGGGUAGAAAAGGAUCAAGCAAACUCAAGUAGUUCUGAGAAAUCUCUUCCUGUGUCCAGCAGCAGCAGCACUUCACUUGGAUCCAUUUCUCAGAAAAGCAUCAUUAGCACAAGGCAAGAGCAGAGUCGAUCCCAGAGGAACCGGAAGGGAAGAAGAAGGUCUACCUGCAAAGCCCCUGUGCAUCCAGUGUCACAGGAGCUUAUGGAGAGUGUGGAUCUCACAACAGCCAGGGAAACAAGUGCUCUGCUGCCAAGUGAGAGCCAGAGUGAAAAGGAAAACUGUGAUGCUAACCUUGGAAAGUCAUCCUCAGAUGAGAGCAAGUCUGAUGCUGCAGCAUUGAAGUCUGGAGAGACAGGAGUGACUGAAGCUGCACAGCCAGCGGGUCCUGAUCCUCCUCAGGGAGGGAGCCAAGUGCCAGGCAAAUGCUGUGAAACUCUGUUAGAGCAGGUUCAAAACCCACUUCAGAGCAGCGCUGCCAUGAGCACGGGGAACGAAACUUUUGCCAGGCACAUGGGAGAUCUGGAUGCCAACUCGCCUGUGUGUCAGGCUGAUAAACAUCCAGUGGCGAGCGUGAGGAGCCGGCGAGGAGCCAGCGGGGUGGAGCAGCUCCCUGGGAUCAGUGUCCCCCUGCGCCGCUCCCUGCGCUGCUCGGCGAGACACAGGACCCUGCAGGGCUCAGCAGGUGGCAGCAGCAGAGAACGCAGCUGUCCCGUGGGCUCAGAGGGUCCUGCUGCUCUCAGCCUCCCUGCUGCAGACCCUGACACUCGCUGCUCCCUCUUCUCCUUCCGCAGCCCCCAGUGGCUGCUCCCCAGACUGGGCAUCAGGGACUUCCACUUACCAAACGAGGAAUUUGGAGUACUGAAACUGGAGAAAUUGAAAUCUUCCCCUGUGAAUGACUUGGAGGAUUUUGUUCCGGGUGUGUCUGGGGAUGGGGUGGCCCCACAGGACACACCAAGUGCGCAAAUGAAUCCAGAAGAAAACAGUCUCAGAAGUAAUUUGAUUUCACCUUCCAAAUCCGGAUUGCCCAAGCUCCUUCACGUGGAAAGCCCGGCUUCCAAGAAGGAGCUUUCCACCCAUGAGUUGCUGUUUACUCCCAUGGGGACUGUCUCAGCUGGGGCUCCCACCCAGCCUGAGUCUCAGAUUUCCUCCUCUGUUUUCCCUGCCGUGGGUGCAACCCCAGGUGUUUUACCUUCAGUGCACAGUGAGGUCUUCCCAUGCCCGCCUUCUGUGCCCACCUCGCAAGGGACCCUGCCUUCCUGCAGAGGAGCUGCCCAGGUCCUGGGGGAUGGGGCACACAAGGACCCUGCCGUGCCACUGCUCCCGGACAGCUGUGGUGCAGAGGCUGCCACAAAUGGGGAGGAACGAGGUACAAUGUUUCCUUUAGCAGAUGAAAGAGGUACUGAGAAUAAAUCUGAUCAGGCUGUGGCCUUGGAUGAGCAUCAGCAGUCAGAGAGCAAAGAGCAGGGAUCCUGCAGAGCUUCUCCUGAACAGAAAAAUGAUGGAGCAGAACAGUUGACUCCAGUGCUGCCAGAUGGCCCCAAAGAAGAGAACUUGCAGCUUGUGUCAGAGCUAAAGGAUUCCUCGGGUUCCUGUGCUGUGGAUGUGAGCACAGUGUGGUGGGAAGCAGCUGGCUGCAGGGAGCUGCGUGUGAUCACUGCUUCCGAGAGCUCUGUGUCCCUGUGGGAACCUCUGGCACCCAACCACUGGGGAAAGGUCUGCACCUGGCAGCUGGGAGAGAUUCCUGUAAUCCAGAUCGUUCCUCUGCCGGACACCUGUAACCUCGUGUGUGUAGCACUGGGAGAGCUGGAGAUUGGAGAAAUAAGGACCUUGCUUUAUUCUUCUGAGACUGACUUGUUCAAGCACUCCCUGGUGAAAUCUGGAAAUAUAAAAGCAGUUGUUGGGCUAAAGGACCAGAGGGUAGUGAGCAGCAUCAGGACCCUGCAGGAGCAGCAAGUGGAGAUGGUGUGGCUCUCAGGGACAGGAGGGAGCAAGGACAGGCAGACCCUGAUGCCCCCUGAAGAAACUGUUACAGCCUUUGCUGAAGUAGAAGGGAUGAGAGAGGCCUUGGUGGGCACCACUGCAGCCAACAGCGUCGUGGAAUCUGAAAACGGGCCAGCUCCUGAGGAAGAUGCACGUUGGUUAUUCCUACCCAGCUUCCAUCUGCCAUCGAGCGUAUUCCGACUCUGGCCUUCUGUUUGUUGUUUUAAGCCAUCCACAUGCCAAAGAGAGCGAGUCCUGUGGAAACCCAGCGUUCCGCGUGGUGGCCUUCAACCCCAGCACAGGCAGGAGCCGGGGGGUGAUGUUCUCCUCCCUCCCGCCCAGCCCUGCGGGGAGGCAAGUGCUGGGGGCUGGGGCUGUUCUGGCCCUUCCAGGGGCUGUGGGAGGACCCUGAGAGUGCAGCAGCGCUGGCAGGGAUCCCGUUGCCGUCUCCCCAGCGAUAAGGGGCUGCAUCCGGCGCUGCCGCGUGUCCGGUGCACGGCUGGCAGGGCUGGGGGUGUGGGUGGGCCUCUUCCUGCUGUGCCCUGACCCUCGCCCCAGCACUGGGGCUGGGGGUCUGUGUCCCUGGGCUCCUCAGGCAAGCCCGUGGUGCUGCCUGCAGCAGUGGCACUCUUGGCUGCUGGAGAGCCCCAGGCCAGGUUGGUUUGUGUGGAGCAGUGCUGCAGGCAGAUGGCCUUUUCCUUCCUGUGCCCUGUGUUUUGAAGCGUCAGCAGGUUCAGCCUUGGCUAUAAGGCUCAGCCUUGCAGUGUUCCUUGCACAGGAAAUGUGAUGGAUGUAUGGGAGUAGCAGUGGAUCAAGAUCUUGCUUACUGAACAGGCAUGGAAUCACAAAUUGGUUUGGGUGGGAAGGGACCUUAAAGAUCGUCCAGUUCCACCCCCUGCCAUGGGCAGGGACACCUUCCAUUAGACCAGGUUGCUCCAAGCCCUGUCCAGCCUGGCCUUGAACACUUACAGGGAUGGGGCUUUCUUUACAGAGUUGGUUUUAAGAGUACCUUUUUUUAAGAGUCCACCUUUUUCAAGUAUGUUCUGAGUCUCAAGGAGUAUUUUCUUGACCUCCUCCCUUCUUGCUGUGCUGGAGGCACAGCCCGGACUGUAGCCUGACUGCAGUUGGGCAUUAAUCUGUACCUGAACCCCAAGCUAAGGGAACAAACCCUGCAGUGUGUGGUGUUUUUGCAGAGCUCCUCCUGCCGUGUGCUGACCCCCCUUGUCCCUGCAGGUACCUGGAGGGUGACGUGUGGGGCACGGCGGGAGCGGCUGUGCUGACGUCGGGCGCGGUGGCCGUGUGGGACCUGCUGCGGGGCUGCUGCACGGCGG